CCCAUGGGCUCCAGUCAAAGGCCGCCAUUAGUACCUAAAGCUGUGAAUGAGUCCUAGUAAAUAUUUAUCUUGGAGUUGAGUCCGAGUUCAAGUUAGUCUUGACCACAGCAUACAGUAAGACAAUCACUCCUGACCCAAGCAACAGCAGUGGCAGUAAACGGGGGCUUGAAGAUGGGGAGCGUAUCACAAGCUUAUUUAGAAAGCAAAGCAGUGAAGGAGACAAGGUCUUUGAUAUCUGAGCUUUGCCGCCAGUUCUAUAACCUUGGAUGGGUCUCAGGGACGGGUGGCAGCAUCACCAUGAAGGUUCAUGAUAGCUGUAUCCCUAAGCCUCAGCAGCUCAUCCUCAUGUCCCCUUCUGGUGUUCAGAAGGAGAGAAUGGAACCAGAGGACAUGUAUAUAUUAUCGGGUGAUGGGUCUAUCAUAACUUCACCUUCUUCAAAGCCAUACCCUCAUAAGCCUCCCAAGUGUUCUGAUUGUGCUCCUCUUUUUAUGAAGGCAUAUCACAUGCGUAAUGCUGGAGCUGUUAUCCAUAGUCAUGGGAUGGAAUCUUGUCUUGUAACGAUGAUCAAUCCACUUUCAAAAGAGUUUCGUAUCACUCAUAUGGAGAUGAUAAAGGGAAUUCAAGGGCAUGGUUACUAUGAUGAACUUGUAAUCCCAAUCAUCGAGAACACAGCCUAUGAAAAUGAGCUCACGGAUUCUCUUGCCAAAGCUAUAGAAGCCUAUCCUAAAACAACUGCUGUACUUGUUCGCAAUCAUGGCAUAUAUGUAUGGGGAGACUCAUGGAUCAGUGCUAAAACUCAGGCUGAAUGUUACCAUUACCUCUUUGAUGCUGCUAUUAAACUUCAUCAACUAGGCUUAGAGUGGUCUACUCCAGAUCAUGGCCCUAUUCAGAAAGUUAAAGGAGUUUCAGGCAUCAAUGGCAGGAUAAAUGUGUCUACAAAGGCUGGGACUGUGGAUUCAAAUUAUAAACUUGACCCAUUUCCACGUUGCAUUGUGCUGGAUAUUGAAGGAACGACAACUCCUAUUUCAUUUGUAACAGAUGUUCUCUUUCCCUAUGCCCGAAACAAUGUUGGGAGGCAUUUGUCUGCAACAUAUGCUACUGCCGAAACCCAAGAUGAUAUAAAUUUGUUACGUUCUCAAGUUGAAGAUGACUUGAAGCAAGGUGUUCUUGGUGCUGUGCCUAUCCCUUUGGGGGAUGUGGGAAAAGAGGAGGUGAUUGCAGCUUUGGUUGCUAAUGUGGAAGCAAUGAUAAAAGCUGAUCGAAAAAUCACUGCCUUAAAGCAAUUGCAAGGUCACAUAUGGCGAACUGGAUUUGAGAACAAUGAGCUCGAAGGUGUAGUUUUUGAUGAUGUACCAGAAGCUCUUCAAAAGUGGCACGGUUUGGGUGUAAAGGUAUAUAUAUAUUCUAGUGGUAGCAGGUUGGCUCAAAGGCUUAUAUUUGGAAACUCCAACUUUGGCGAUUUGAGGAAGUAUUUAUCUGGAUUUUUUGACACCGCAGUGGGAAACAAAAGAGAAACACGCAGUUUUGUUGAAAUAUGUGAGUCAUUGGGAGUUGAUAAGCCAUCUGAGAUACUAUUUGUGACUGAUGUGUAUCAUGAAGCUACCGCUGCAAAAGCUGCAGGUUUGGAGGUGGCAAUCUCUGUCCGGCCAGGAAAUGGUCCUCUUCCGGAUAACCAUGGAUUCAAGACUAUCAACUCUUUCUUGGAGAUCUGAUAGAAGUUCUGUACCUCCGUAGAAAUAUCAACUGUAAUAGUUUCUACACAUAAUAAAUCACUUUUGGAUGCAAUAAAUCUUGGUUUUGUUACAACCAUUUCUCAAUCUGUUGCUGUCGAUUUUGUUUCAUAUCAUCAUUCAAGAGAGUUAUUUGCU